AUGCAGAGACCACGGCCGCCGUCGGCGUCGACUUCACCACACUCCCGUGCAGGUCCAGACGGCGCGCCUCGAUCGGCGUCCCGCGCGAGAUGGCACAUGUCGCCAUCGCCAUCGCCGUCGCCAUCGCGGUCCCGGACGCCGUCGCAGUCCCGCUCACCGUCAAGAUCAACAAGACGCAGCGCGUCGCGGCCGCCCCCCAGACGCAGCUCCAGGGACUCGCAGCAGGAGAAGGAGCACAACCGGGGCAGGCUCAUCAAGGACUCGGCCGGCCUGCUGCUGGGCAUCGGCGUGGCGGCCGUUGUCGCCCACAAGUUCUGGCCAAAGGGGAUGCUGUACGGCGCCAAGGAGGAGUGGGAGACGCGCCUGGACAAGGCCAGGGACAAGGUGCUUGGGGACGACAAUGGCCGUGGCCCUGACGUCCGUCGCCGGGAGAGGGGCCGUAGUAUGAAUAGGGGCAGGGCCUACCACUACGACUACGAGAGCGAGAGACUGGCCGUGGAAAGAGGACCCGCGGCCCCCUCGCCGAGGAGCAGAAGUUGUCGGGAACGAGUUCCCAGGGGACGAAGCCUGGGACCGCUCCGGAGGAGAGUCUACCAAGAGGCUGCUGACACCGCGAGGUGGGAGAGGCCGGGGCCCGGGCAUCGCCAACAGGGUAGGGGGGAGCCAUUGUAUGCUUCGGAAGGAUUUCCCCAUCUACCAGAUGUGGAUUUGGGACACCGCGCUCGUCGUGAAGAUGACUUUACUGUAGUGGAGAGAGACUUGCCGCGACAUGGUGGCCGUGGGUAUAGAUGA